AUCAAAACUUGUGGAGUUUUUAACUGGUGAAAUAUUAAAACAGUGAUUAAAAAACCAAGUGAAAUGACUACCUAUACAGACAAAGGACCUAAGCCUGAUGGAGGAAAAUUCUUGACAUUCGAUCAUUUAACGUUUUGGGUAAGUAAUGCGAAACAAGCAGCAUCAUACUACGUAACACGUUUGGGAUUCGAGCCUCUAGCUUAUCAAGGAUUGGAAACUGGUUCCAGAAAAUUAGCAAAACAUGUUGUUAAGCAGAAUGAUAUCAUUUUCGUUUUUAUGUCGCCCUAUGAUACUGAUAAUUAUGAAAUUGGGGGACAUUUAAUUAAACAUGGAGAUGGAGUCAAAGAUAUUUCGUUUGCGGUUGAAGAUAUUGAAAUAAUUGUUAAUCGUGCUAAAGAACGUGGAGCUAAAGUUGUGCGUGAUGUUUACGAAGAAUCUGAUGAACACGGAACUGUCAAAUUCGCUACAUUGCAAACGUAUGGAGAUACAACUCACACUUUAGUGGAACGUAAAGAUUAUAAGGGAUUAUUUCUUCCUGGAUAUGUAUCUCAUUAUGCUAAAAACGACAGUAUAAUGAAAUUUUUGCCAAAAACCAACUUACUUCGUAUUGACCACAUUGUUGGAAAUCAACCAGAUCGUCAAAUGGAAACCAUUGUAGAAUGGUAUGUUAAAUGCCUAAUGUUCCAUCGUUUUUGGUCAGUUGAUGACAGUCAGAUUCACACCGAAUUUUCAGCAUUGCGAUCAAUCGUUGUUACCAAUUAUGAAGAGACAAUAAAAAUGCCGAUAAACGAGCCAGCUGUUGGUAAGAAGAAGUCACAAAUUCAAGAAUUUGUUGAUUACUAUGCAAAUGGUGGAGUUCAACAUAUUGCACUUUUCACGGACGAUAUUGUUGAAUCCAUACAAAAUUUAAAAGCUCGUGGACAAGAAUUUUUGAGUGUUCCUGACACAUACUAUGUCAUGUUAAAGGAACGUUUAAAAGCAGAUGAUUUCCAGAUCAAAGAAGAUUUCGAAACUCUGAGGAAACUGAAAAUUUUGAUUGAUUAUGAUCAAACUGGAUAUUUGCUACAAAUCUUUACCAAAAAUAUGCAGGAUCGACCAACACUCUUCUUAGAAGUCAUCCAACGCCGAAAUCAUAGUGGAUUUGGAGCAGGUAACUUCAAAGCUCUUUUUGAAGCCAUUGAAAUUGACCAAGCACAACGUGGAAAUUUGUAAUUCAUUGACAUCAGUUGUUUAUUGUUUUUUAUUUUUCUUAUCACAUGGCUUAAAUUUCUUUACAAAAAUUGCCGAAAAUCUCAAUAAUAUAAAUUUGUAAAAUUAUUCUGUACCAUUUUUUUUUUACUUUCUAAAACUAUAUUCAAA